AUGGAUCAGAACGAGAAGGCCUUCCAAAAGCAAGACGCGGUCUUCAUUGGCUCCAAGCGGGUGACAGGAAAAAAGACCAAGAAGGCUGCACGCUACUGGCGCAGCGUUGGUUUGGGAUUUGCCACACCCAAGGAAGCAAAGGAGGGCAACUUCGUCGACAAGAAGUGUCCGUUUACAGGGAAUGUCAGCAUCCGCGGUGCUGUGCUGAAGGGCAUGGUCAUCUCCACGAAGAUGAAGCGAACCAUCGUGAUCCGCCGCAACUACUUGCAUUACAUCAAGAAGUUCAACCGAUUUGAGAAGCGCCACAGCAACCUCGCCGUGCACUGCUCGCCGGCCUUUGAGCCCAAGGAGGGUGACAUCGUCACAGCGGGCCAGUGCCGGCCACUGGCGAAGACUGUCCGCUUCAACGUCUUGAAGGUUGACAAGAACCAGAUCUUUGGCUCGGCACGGAAGCAGUUUGCUCUCUUCUAA